UUCUCCCGGGGGGGCAGACCCCCUGGAUGGGGUACUUUGCCCCGUGGGGUGCCCCCUUCCCUCCGCAAGGUCGUGCACCGUGGGUCCCCCCCAACGCCGCCGGCGUGCUCGGGCCUCGCCCCGGCAAUCCUGCCCAGGCCUACCCCAUGAUGUAUCCCGGCGCGCCUUCAUCCUCGCAGCAUCCUCCGCCGCCUCCGUCGUGGGACCAAGCCGGCCUGAUCGCCGCCAUGCAAGCCAUGUCCAUGCAGCAGCCACAGCAGCCCGGGGAGUGGUACCUCGACUCCGGCGCCUCGUCACACGUCACAGGGAACCCAGGACCUAGCCACCAGGACCCCGCUCAUGAGCUCCAGUAGCUAUGGUCAGCUCUACUCCCUCUCCGGCGGCCGCACCAACACAUCAGCAGCAGCACUCUCCGUGAGCACCAGCGACUUGUGGCAUCGACGGCUCGGGCACCCCAGCGCUGCAUCUCUCUCCCGAUUAGCAAAUAACUUCUUACCUACUUGUAAUAAAACGCCUCACCCGCAUGGUUCUUGCGAUGCAUGUCAGCUAGGGCAUCAGACUCGUUUAGCUUUCCCUACUUCUACAUCA